ACAGCGACAGAUCGAGAAAGGCAUCCACACACAGGCAAACUGGCAACCACAAGCUAUCGUCUGGUCGUGGCCCCGGCCAACAGCCAGCGGAACUCCGGCGGCAGCAAUGUGGUCGUAACAACGACCGGCGGCAAUGGCGGUCCCAAUUCCAGCGGCGGCAAUGGGAGCAAUGGCAGCUCUGGGAGCGGUGGCCUCAACGUGACCACCAUCACGACGACGAGCAGCGGCAGCCACAGUCACAGCCAGGUGCAGUCCGGCGGCAGCCAGAGCAACGGCACCACCUACAAGAUAGAGAUGCUCGACGAGGAUAUCCAGAGCCUGGGCAGCGACGAUGACGAGGAGGAUCUGAUCAGCAGCGAUGGGAGCCUGUAUGACGGUGAUCUCGGCUCGAUACCCGUCAACGAUGAUGUCGCCCAUCAGCUGGCCGCCGCCGGACCAGUCGGUGUGGCGGCCGCAGCGGCCAUCGCCAGCUCAAAGAAACGCAAGCGGCCGCACUGCUUCGAGACGAAUCCGUCGGUGCGCAAGCGGCAGCAGAACCGGCUGCUGCGCAAGCUGCGUGGCAUCAUCUACGAGUUCACGGGUCGCGUCGGCAAGCAGGCGGUGGUGCUGGUGGCAACGCCAGGCAAGCCCAACACCAGCUACAAGGUGUUCGGCGCCAAGCCGCUGGAGGAUGUGCUACGCAACCUGAAGAAUAUCGUCAUGGACGAGCUGGACAAUGCGCUGGCGCAGCAGGCGCCGCCGCCGCCCCAGGACGAUCCGUCGCUGUUCGAGCUGCCCGGCCUGGUCAUCGAUGGGAUACCAACGCCCGUCGAGAAGAUGACCCAGGCCCAGCUGCGGGCCUUCAUUCCACUAAUGCUCAAGUACUCAACGGGACGGGGCAAACCGGGCUGGGGACGGGAGUCGACGCGGCCACCCUGGUGGCCCAAGGAGCUGCCGUGGGCCAAUGUGCGGAUGGAUGCCCGCUCCGAGGACGACAAGCAGAAGAUCAGCUGGACGCAUGCGCUGCGCAAGAUCGUGAUCAACUGCUACAAAUAUCAUGGACGGGAGGAUCUGCUGCCGACCUUUGCCGAUGACGAUGACAAGGUGAACGCUUUGAUCUCGCAAUCGGGCGACGAGGACGAGGACAUGGAGCUAUCCAGCACGCCCACCAUCCACACAGUGACAACAAUGACGCCCCCGUCAGGGAACAGCAACCAACCGCAGCAGGUCAAUGUGGUUAAGAUCAACAGCGCCGGCACGGUGAUCACCACACACACGGCCCAGACCAACUCCCCGGCCCCGACGAUCAUCCAGAGCACCAAUAACCAGCAUGUGACCACUACGGCCACCCUGCCGGCCUCCACCAAGAUCGAGAUAUGCCAGGCGCCGCAGCAGCAGCAGCACCACCACCAGCAACAACAACAACAACAGCACCACCAGCAGCACCACCUUCCCGCCGGCAGCACCGUACACAUUCAGCCCAUCAGCGGCGGCCAGCCGCAGACCAUACAGUUGACGACCGCCAGCGGGACGACCACGGCCACCGCUGUGCCAACGACGGCAGCAGCCGUAAGUGCCGCCCAGGCAGCGGCCGCAGCCCAGAAUUCGGCCGCCCAGACCGUCACUGCCCAGCAGAUAGCGAAUGCCCAAGUUUGCAUCGAGCCCAUAACGCUGAGCGACGUUGAUUACACCACGCAGACUGUGCUCUCGCAGAACGCCGAUGGCACGGUGUCCCUCAUCCAGGUGGAUCCCAACAAUCCCAUUAUCACGCUGUCGGACGGCACAACCGCCCAGGUGCAGGGCGUGGCAACGCUGCAUCAGGGAGAGGGUGGGGCCACCAUCCAGACCGUACAAAGUCUCACCGAUGUCAACGGGCAUGAGAAUAUGACCGUGGAUCUGACCGAGACGCAAGAUGGCCAAAUCUAUAUCACCACCGAGGAUGGGCAGGGCUAUCCCGUCUCCGUGAGCAAUGUGAUCUCGGUGCCCGUCUCCAUGUACCAGUCGGUGAUGGCCAACAUGCAGCAGCUGCAGACGAACAGCGACGGCACCGUGUGCCUGGCCCCCAUGCAGGUAGAUACCAGUGCCACGCGCACCUCCAGCUCGGCCUCGGGGUCUCAGCCGCCGGCCACCGGCUCCCUGCAGUGCUACUCGCUGAUCAGCGCUGGCCAUGCCGUUCUCGGCAGACGCAGUGGCGGUGCCGGUGGCGGUGGCAGUGGCAGCGGCGCGACCCUGGGACACCACCAACAGUCGCUCACAUUGCAGGCAGCUGCGGGGGCGCGCUACUAUCUGGCGGCAGCGCCAGCGGCCACCAAUAAUCACAGUAGCAGUAGCAACCAUAGUAGCAGUAGUGCGGGCUUUAAUCUCCACCAGAACCAUAACCAUAACCAACAUCACCACCACCACCACAACAACAACAACAACAAUAGUACCCUUGCCAACAACAACAACAACAGCAGCAGCAGCAAUAGCAUUAAGAGGCCCCUCCCCAUUUUGCUGGCAUCUCCCAUACCCAAUUCCAAUCCCACUGCCCAUGCAACAACGACAAGCAGCACCACCACGACGGCUGCGACCACAACGCGCUCCACGCGACGUGUGGCGGCGACCAGCAAGGCCGGAAACGGCGCACAAAAGCGUCGCAAGCCCGGUAGGAGCAGCCGCAAGCUACCCACAAAGGCGACGGGCGAAACAUCCGCCUCCAGCGGAUCCCCUGUAGGCAUGGGCUGCUCCUCCUCGGCGGCGGCUACAGCUGCCGCCAUACGUUGCGUGGACAGUGCCAGUCUGACGAACAUGCAGCUGCAGCUGCCGGCCAAGACGAUUAAGCUGGAGAACUUUGAGUAGUAGACCAGACCGUAGACCGUAGCCGUAGACCAGUAGACCCGCAGUAGACUCGUAGUCUUGUAGAAGACCCCACCCAGAUAUAGAUACAGAUGAUACAGGCACCUUUCGAAUCUAGUCAAGAAGCGGCUUUGCACAACAAUUUAGCUAACAACAUAGACACACCUCACACACACACACUUGCCAUCUAUACUUAGAAAAAAACAGAAAAAUACAUUGUGAAUGCCAGAAGAAACGAAACGAGGAAACGAAGCAGGAAACCAGAGUAGGAAAUAUAGCAAAAAGGGUUCCUGCUGGAACGUGGAAUAGAAUUUAUUUGAAUUCGUUUAGGAAGAAUCCUCGAUGAAACGAAGAAUAUGAAAACCAAAACCAAAACCAAAUAGGAAUACAAUUUGUUGAUAAAUGAAACAAGAACCAAAAAUCAGAAUAUGCACCCAGAGAGAGCAGAGAGCAGAAAAUCAAAGAGAAGCAAAGCAAAGCAAAGCAAAUGAAAAAAAAGAAAACUAAAAGUGAAUAUUAAUCAGUCAUGUUCCUAGUUAAUCAAGCUGUAGCAAACCAAUCAUGGAUAUCCGUUUUUGUUGUCGUUUGUUUUAGUUUUAAGCGAUUUACUUUAUAUUUAUAUAAUCGUGCACAUAAUCUUGCUAGGGCAUAGAGUGGAACUCAGACCAAAUAUUUUAGAAUUUAAAUGUAAAGGUAAGGAGGAGAGUUGAUCUUUGAUCAGUUGCAAUUGGAAUGCUAGGCAAAUCUUGAGUUAGUUUAGUUUAGUUCGAUAAGUAGUCAAGCGAACAGGAACCUAGUUUAAAACAUAAACCGUAACCCGUAAUCCGUUACCCGUAACACCGUAACCAAAAACCCAAACCAAAUUUUAGUCAAUGCCGCAUUGAAAAUGUAUACAAAAGAAAAACAUUUAAGAGCCAGAGCUGAAGCAGAGCAUGCCAUCGAUUUUAAUUGUAAUUUGUGCCUUGGAUUAGCCCCCAAAUCAUGUGGGAUAUAAAUACAAACAUAUAGAGAGUAGGUUAUAUAAUAUAUAUGGGGCGUAUCCCAUCACUUGCCUGGCAUUCGCACAGCCUUUUGGGUCGCUCGCUGCAAAUAUUGAAAGUGCAUACAAAGUUAUUUUUAUGUUGAUCUAUGACUAUUUUUUAUUAUGAUUAUUAUUAUUAUGUUUUAUUCAAUUUUUAUUAUUAUUGUAAUUAUUUGAAUGUUUAGUUGUAUGUAUGAAAUUGAAAAUAUUAUAUUUUAGUUGUUUUAGACCAAAUGUUUAUCCGCAGCCGCUACCCUGCAGCGCUCGGAUCAAAAGUGAAGUGAAAGUGAAAACGUAAACAAAAACAGAAAACAAAAAACCAACAAAUUUUAUUGAAUAAA